UAGCCGCUCUGUUAACAAGUCGUCUGCCUGUUUUGAUCGCAUCGAGUUGGGAAUUUACCCCAAACCGAUUUUCGUUACGCUGCAACAGGUUCCCAUCCCUCGGCGCUUUCCCCUUUCCAGCAAAUUCGAUUGCAUCCGGAGACGCAGACCGCAUGAAUCAGUCGCAAACAGUUGAACCGCCCACCGUCCAGUGAAAGAUGAGUGGCAACGAGACCGCGGAAGCCGAGGCAUCGGCUCAAAACCAGGUGAAUGGCAGCAGGACCAGGUCGCGAUCCCACUUGGAUAACACAAUGGCCAUCCGUCUGCUGCCGCUGCCGGUGCGUGCCCAGCUGUGUGCCCACCUGGACGCCCUGGAUGUGUGGCAACAGCUGGCCACGGCCGUAAAACUCUAUCCGGAGCAAGUGGAGCAGAUCAGCAGCCAGAAGCAGAGGGGUCGCUCAGCCUCCAAUGAGUUCCUCAACAUUUGGGGCGGCCAGUACAAUCACACGGUUCAAACUUUAUUUGCUUUGUUCAAAAAAUUAAAGCUGCACAAUGCCAUGCGGUUGAUCAAGGACUAUGUCAGCGAGGAUCUGCACAAGUACAUUCCCAGGAGCGUGCCCACCAUCAGUGAGCUUAGGGCUGCACCCGAUUCCAGUGCCAAGGUGGACAAUGGCCCACCAUUUCCAUCCUCCUCGGGCGUCAGCAACUCGAACAACAAUCAAACUAGGACCACGACGGAGGAGAUUCCCAGCCUUGAGUCCUUGGGCAACAUCCACAUCAGCACGGUCCAAAGGGCAGCCGAAUCCCUGCUGAAUAUCGACUACAAGGAGCUUGAGAAGGCCACGAAUGGGUGGUGUACCGAUAAUCGCCUGGGACAGGGCGGUUUUGGAGAUGUAUAUCGCGGGGAGUGGAAGCAACUGGAGGUGGCCAUUAAGGUGAUGAACUACCGCAACUAUCCCAACAUCGACAAGAACCAGGUGGAGCUCCAGCAGAGCUACAACGAACUGAAGUAUCUCAACACCAUUCGACACGACAACAUUCUGGCCCUCUAUGGCUACAGCAUCAAUGGGGUGAAUCCCUGCCUCGUCUAUCAGCUGAUGAAGGGCGGUUCCCUGGAGAAUCGUCUGAGGGCGCACAAGGCCGAAAAUCCACUUCCAGCUCUCACCUGGCAGCAGCGAUUCAGCAUCAGCCACGGAAUAGCCAGAGGAAUUUACUUCCUGCACACGGCGCGAAACACUCCCCUUAUCCAUGGUGACAUCAAGCCGGCCAACAUCCUGCUGGAUCAAUGCCUCCAGCCCAAGAUCGGUGAUUUUGGGCUGGUCCGCGAGGGUCCCAAAUCCGUAGACGCUGUGAUGCUGGUAAAGAAGGUGUUCGGCACCAGGAUCUACCUGCCACCCGAGUUCCGGAACUCCAAGCAGCUUAGCACAGGAGUGGACGUCUACAGCUUUGGUAUUGUGCUGCUGGAAGUUUUUACAGGCCGCCAGGUGACGGACAGACUGCCCAAGAAUGAUCUGCAGAAGGACUUGCUCGAGUACGUGAAGCAUCAUUGGGAGCAGAACAAGAUGGAGGUGCUGGACAAGCAUCUUGCCACACCAAUGGGCGAGGAGCUGGACAUGUGCCUGUGUGCCAUCGGCGCGGGGUUGAACUGCACUGCAUUGGAUCCGCUAAAUCGACCUUCGAUGGAUAAAGUCCUUAACUGUUUUAAGCCAUUCCGCAAUGAUGUUUAAUAACAUAUAAAAACUUAAGUGCCUUGUUAUACACGAACUUAAAAAACUCGAAGCACCAUUUGACCCAUGCUCACAAUAUUUCCCACAUAUGUAUAUGAACUUUGUGAUCUAUCGCAAUAUUAAUAUUAUAUUCCAAAUUUAA